UCUCUCAGAGCUGAACACACCUCAGUCAUGGAAUCUCACUUUCACAACAUGGAAUCAGAGAGUGAAUAUAUGGGCCGAAGAAAGGGUCGAAAACUAAUGGCUGAAAAACGGCGACGAGCCAGAAUCAACCAGAGUCUGUCAGAAAUCAAAGGCAUCGUAUGUGCGGGACAUCAACAAAAUGACCCCAACUUUGAGAAAAUGGAGAAGGCUGAGAUUCUGGAGACGACUGUAGAUUAUCUGAGGAAUGUCAGGAAGAUCAACACAACACAUCAACACGUGAAAGAAGCAGUUCAAGCCAGAUUCCAACAUGGCUUCUCCAAAUGUGCUGAAGAAAUCCUCUCCUACAUCCAGUCUCUGCCGGGAGUGUCAGACAAUGUACAUCGUCAGCUGAGAAAACACAUCUCUCGACAUAUGACACAUAUUCAGCAGGUACCCGUGACGUCACCAAUGGAAGAUAGAUUACAUUCGGUACCUUCCUACACUUCCCAGUAUCCACAUCCGGCUGCACAUGCGUACAUGGGCACUUCUCCUGUGAAGGAAGACAACAGUUUCUCGGACAGUGGAUAUGCUGGUUCUCCUGAUAUUACCAAACAGCCCACCCACAGAACUGGACACUAUCCCUCAUCCAGCUUUUCCGAUUCAGUGCUCAGUAAGGUACCAACAGAAAUGGUUGACAAAAACUCGAGAGUUAGAUCGUGGCUCCAGAGCACGUGGUCCUACUCACAGCAGAUUCAGACAGAACAACAGGUUCCAUGGAGACCCUGGUAAAAUACUACAGUGAACUUUAUUAGGACCAAUGGUUGUGAUUUUGUAUACGUAAUAAUAGUGCUUUGUUUAUUGGACAUUUCAUAUAUGAUACUGACUGUGAUAACAUACAUUUGUUGAUAAAAUAAACAUUAUUUAGUUA